CUGAGAUUGUGACCUGAGCCACAGUCAGAUGCUCAAAGGACUGAGCCACCGAGGGGCUCCAUAUUUUUUUUUCUUUUUAAUGCUUAGCUUUUUUUUUUUUUUUUUUUUUUUGAACUGGUAAUAUUACCUACCUGGCUCCAAAGUCAGAGGCCUGCCCCAGCCACCUGAUCUUCCCUGAAAGGUGGCCACUGUUAACAGUUUCCUGUGUCUGGAGAUUCUGUGCCAGCAGGACAUCUUUGCCGCCCCACCCCCACCUUUCGUCCCUGAAGGUCUCCGGCCAAUUACAUUGCCUGUUCCUGAGAAAUGUCUGGCAACGGGACAGAAGCCACCGUCAGCAGCAGCCCGGUGACAGCGGAAGAACCGCCGAGCGUGGUGGACCGCGUGGCCGGCAUGCCCCUCAUCAGCUCCACCUGCAACAUGGUGUCGGCGGCCUACGCCUCCACCAAGGAGAGCCACCCCCACGUCAAGACCGUCUGCGACGCGGCCGAGAAAGGCGUGAAGACCCUCACGGCGGCCGCCAUCAGCGGGGCGCAGCCCCUCCUCUCCAAGCUGGAACCCCAGAUCACGUCAGCCAGUGAGUACGCCCACAGGGGGCUGGACAAGCUGGAGGAGAAUCUGCCCAUCCUGCAGCAGCAGACGGAGAAGGUUCUGGCAGACACCAAGGAGCUGGUCUCGUCCAAGGUCUCGGGGGCCCGAGAAGCCGUGUCCAACACCGUGUCCAGCGCCAAGGACACAGUGGCCACCCGAGUGACGGAGGCGGUCGAUGUGACCCGAGGUGCUGUGCGGACUGGUGUGGAUGCCACCAAGUCUGUGGUGGCCAGUGGCGUCCAGUCGGUCAUGGGCUCCCGGGUGGGCCAGGUGGUGCUGAGCGGGGUGGACACAAUGCUGGGCAAGUCCGAGGAAUGGAUGGACAACCACCUGCCCAUGACGGACGCUGAGCUCGCCCGCCUCGCCACGUCCCUGGAGGGCUUCGACAUCGCGUCGGUGCAGCAGCAGCGGCAGGAGCAGAGCUACUUCGUGCGUCUGGGCUCCCUCUCGGAGCGGCUGCGCCAGCGGGCCUACGCGCACUCUCUGGGCAAACUGCAGCUGACCCGGCAGCGGGCCCAGGAGGCCCUGCUCCACCUGGCACAGGCACUCAGCCUGAUGGAAACCGUCAAGCACGGAGUCGAUCAGAAGCUGGUGGACGGUCAGGAGAAACUGCACCAGAUGUGGCUCAGCUGGAACCAGAAGGAGCUCCGGGGCACCGAGGAGAACCCAGCCAAACCAGAGCAGGUGGAGUCCCAGACGCUUACCAUGUGUCGCGACAUUGCCCAGCAGCUGCAGAACACCUGUGCCUCGCUGGGCUCCAGCAUCCAGGGGCUGCCCUCCCACGUGAAGGACCAGGUUCAGCAGGCUCGCCACCAGGUGGAGGGCCUCCAGGCCACCUUUUCUGGCGUCCAUUCCUUCCAGGACCUGUCCAGCACUAUCCUGACGCAGAGCCGAGAGCAGGUGGCCAAGGCCCGAGAGGCCCUUGACCACAUGGUUGAGUACGUGGCCCAGAACACGCCCAUCAUGUGGCUGGUGGGACCCUUUGCCCCGGGAGUCGCUGAGAAGGCCCCAGAGGAGAAGAAAUAGGACAGUCAGAAGGGGGCUCGAGGGACCUAGUCUUUCCCUGAGGGGUCAGCACGAGCGCUGGACCCUCCGCCCCCUCGCCUCGCUUGGAACGUGUUUCUUCCCUUCCUCCCGGCCCAUCUCAGCUACCACGUCGGGGAGCGCCCUCUGCCUCCUCGGAGGAAGCACUGCCUGCCUUCAUCAGUCAUUAGGGGGAGGUUCCCAGAAACAGAUUUUUUCUAGAGGGCCCUCAGGCCCCCUCCAAAUUUUUUCUUCUUAGAAACAAAGGCUAGGUUUCUUACAUCCCACCUGUGCUAUAUCAAGGCCCCUGGAUAUCCGCCUUUAGCUAACGGACUUGGACUUCUGGCUUGCGAAGUGGCUCUUCUGGGGUGUGGGGUGGAGGCGGAACCGCUGAGACCCAUUCCGGAGCAGACGGGGGGCGGGGGGCCCUGGGGCCUGCCCGGCCGUUCGCGGGCGCCUGGAGUGUCACCGUUGCCUUAAUAAAUCUCACCUGCAGCGGAGUACAGGCUGUGUGCGCACGCGCAUGCGUUCCCAGGAGCUGAGCGACGCGGCGUCCGCGGGUGGCCGCCUCGGCCCGCUUCCCUGCUCGGCUCGCGAGGACGGGAACAGGACAGGGCCAGAUCCGGAGUGGGGCUCAGAGCUCUCGUCCAGCCCCUGGGACAGGAGAAGAGCGGGGCGGGAGGAUCCUUCACCUCCCCCACCGCCGCCAGGCCACGCGCUGCGGUGUGCGACGCUUAGGAGACCGAGCCACGCAGGCGCCACUAAAACCUGCCACUCUUUUUAGAGUAGACCUGAACGCUUCUCAUCAGGAGAAAGAAAUCGUAGCUCUGGCAGACAUUAACGUCUCGUGCCCGUUUUGCAAUAUACACACGUACCAAAUCACUGUGUUCUACCCCUAACACGGAUUCCGUGCUCUAUGUGGAUCGUGUCUCAAUUUUUCAAGAAGGUUGAACACGUUUGGGGGCAAUACAAGAAAAAGAACAUGCAAGUACAAAUUCAAAAUUAGACACAACGGGGGCGCCUGGGUGGCUCAGUCGGUCGAGCGUCCGACUUCGGCUCAGGUCAUGAUCUCGCG